GUCACCAUGAAUCAACAAAAAUGUUUACAAAAAUCAUAUUUCAGUUUUAUUACCGUGCAAAAAAAGUGAAAUUAUUUCUGCUUUACUGACAAAGCAAUUUAAGUUAUAAAUAUGUCUUCUCAAUUCGAAGUGAAGCUGCAUAUUUAUGAUCUCUCGCGUGGAAUUGCCAAGCAAAUGUCGCCCAUACUGUUAGGUUUGUAAAAAAAAAUAAUAAACCGAAAUAUUUUACUUUACUUUGGUUAGAAAUUUUGUGCUGUUGCAAUUUAUAUGUUCAUGUAUAUUUCUUUUAAAUUUUAUCCCCAUAUGCAAACGUUGGUGAAGUUAAAUAUACAUGCUACUGUAGACUUCAAGACCUGAGAUUUGAAAAAUUUGAAUUGAUAGUGAAUUUUAUUUUUUUAUUUGCAGGAAAACAAAUUAAUGGGAUAUGGUAAGUACACUAUGUAUAUACACAAUGUUUAGUGCUCCUUGGAUCUCGUUCCCUAUAAUAUUAUGCAUCUCACCGGACUGUGACAUUGCUUCAAAAAUUUGUAUCGCUACUACUUCUAUAUUUGUCUACAGCCAUGCCUGUGGCUGACUGGAAGCUUAGAAAUUGCACGCCGAGAUUUCGAAAAUUUAAUAGUAAAUAUAUAGAAAGCAUCAAAAUUGUGUGCCCCCAAGAUAUCGGGCACGCAGUACAAACUUUCCACACUGGCACCUAUGUGGUUUUGCAUUCUAAUUUAGAAACUGCAUAUCACCUUUUUACAGUAGUUGCUACUAAACCCAGACUUGUCCCCAUUCGCUUUUAAAUAUAAGAGCGGGUGCACGGCCAGAAGUGGGCGCGUAGAGGCUCACAGGAAGGGCGAAAGAACUUCCCUUUUCCCUUUGCGUGCGUCCACCUUUGGUACUGAUAUAUAUAUAUAUAUAUGAAAUUCAAAUAACGACUGGGGAUGAGUCUGUACUAAACCCUGGUCAAACAAGGAUGAGAGUUGAGAAGCGAGAGUUUGCAUGAGAGUUUUCUCAACUUUCAACUUUUUCUCAACAAGAACACAGAAUAGAUACUAGACCAGAAGUGUCACUCAGACGAUAUUUCGUCCGAAAUUUUACGUGCGCUGACGUGAAAAUACGCCAUCAUAUGACGGCAUCCUGGAGUACACACGGAAGUUUUUCAUGGUACAAACAUAGGUACAAAGUGGCAUGUGCACUCCAGGAUGGCGUCAUAGUACAUAAAAAAUUUCAGACAUUUUUCCCAAGCCAAAACACAUAGGAGUGACACUUCUGGUCUAGUAUCUAUUCUGUGACAAGAACAAGAGUUGCAUGAGAAUUAGCCUGCGAACAGGCUCUCUUUGAACUCUCAUUGAAGUUGACUGGAUGUUACCACAUUCAUAGUGAAAACUCUCAUCAAAAUUUCAAUCAGUUCAAAGUUGAUAAAAGUGUGUAAAGCUACAUUUACACGCUGCGAUUAAUUCUGUACGAUUCGUUUUCUGGCAUAUGUCAUUGAGUAAACACGCGUAAGCUGGCUACAUUUGAAAUCUCUUUUAACGAAACGGCAAUGAAUUAUGGUGCCAGCACUCAUUUUAAUACGCCAGAAUACGAAUCGUACACGAUUAAUCGUAGCGUGUAAACGUAGCUUAAGAGUCAAUGAGAACUGGUGGUCGAACAGGAGUUGCAACUCUCAUCCACUAAAUUAGUUCUUGCAAAACUAUGCAGAUUUGCAUGUCACAUCUUACCUAUAUGAACAGGCUUUUGAUUAGUUGAUUAUGACGAUAAAAAGUGAUGAGCAUUUUUCUCUCAGAAAACCAACCACAAAACUUGAUCAUUCAAGAUAGCUAUAGUAUAUAUUGACUAUAUACAGUAGCUGGAAUAUUGUAUGUUUACAUUUUAAUUGUUUUCACACUUUACAGGCACACAGGUAUAACAGUCUAUGGAAAAGAAUACUUUUUUGGAUCAGGAGGCAUUGAGUACUGCCCCCCUGUAAGUAUAAUAUUCAGCUGAUAAUAUUCAGCUCAUUUUUCAAUGAGUUAUUCCAGACAACAUUGUUCAUGGAGAUAUUGAAAAUUUACUGUAACCCUCUCUUCCCUUAGAACAUCCUAGUAGAAUAAAUCCAUUUACCAAGUCAAGUCCGAGUCAAUUCUGAGCCUGAGUCAAACGCCUAGUGGAAAACGGGCUUAGGGAAGUUAAUAGGCUUCCCGACGACAGACCUUUGUUCAAAAUGUUGAAGUUCUCCUUUGUAUCCCUAUCAAUCUGCAACUUUCACAGAAAACUGUGACUAAUUAUAUGUGAUUCUAAUGUUGAAUAGUGUGGCACAAUUUUGGGUGAUCCUGAUACAGUCCAAGACAUGGGUUUAACACAAAUACCUGAAGAUGUUUUUGAACACUAUUUGAUUGGAUUAAGUGAGAAAGAAUUUAGGUAAGGAUACAAUGCAAUACAGCAAUAAAGUUUAAUAUACAGUACAAUCACAGGUGUUCAGCUAUACCCAGGGUUCAAAUUAAUGCUUACGGUGUAGUUUUGACUGCUAAAAACAGGUUUUAAAAAAUUUUGGUAAAAUGCAACCCACAGCAUACCCAGGAAAUUUUUUAAAAAUUCAAAAAGUGCCCCAACCACUCCAAACUUUCUGAAAAUUGUUGAAAACCAUUUCUCUCAUCAAAACAGUUUGUUUCGCGUGAUAAAAACAUGUUUUAAAAAAUUUUGGUAAAAUGCAAAGGGAGCCCAGGUUGACGAUCUUGGCAAGAUCAUAGUUAAUAUAGAAGCAAGGUCUUAUCAAGGUCUUACCAAGAUCUUACCAUGAUCUUGCCAUGAUCUUACCAUGAUCUUACAAAGAUCUUGUAUAAAUCCUGCAAGUUCUUGCAAGAUCUUUCUAAGAUCCUGCAAGAUUGUGCCAUGAUCUUACCAUGAUUGUGCCAUGAUCUUACGAAGAUCUUGCCAUGAUCUUAUGAAGAUCUUGCUAUUAUUUUGAUCUUACAUAAUCCCUUACGUGAUCUUUUGAUAUUACAUGAUCUUACGAAGAUCUUGCCAUUAUCUUGCCAUGAUCUUACGAAGAUCUUAGGCACAGAGGACACAAUAUUAUAACUUUGGUGACUGACUGAGUUGUGAGCUAGCCGACUGACUAUGGACCAACCAACGUACUAACUGAACAUGCAGCAAUGGUAACUGUCCAAAUGACCAUGCAACUAGGUACCCAACCAAAUGACUGAUCCAAAUGUGCAUGAUUUAGCAGUGAUGGCUGUGGUACGUCAUGGGAAAAAUGGUUUCAAUGUAACAAAGUUUAUAUCAAAUCCAUUUUAUAGACCUGAGUGUUAUAAUCUUUUUGAACACAACUGCAAUACUUUUUCAAAUGAAGCUGGCCAGUUUCUUACUGGACGAACCAUUCCAAAGUACAUUCAAGAACUGCCCAAAGAUGUGUUAAAUACGUAAGUAGAGUUUGGGUUUAAUCUGUUAUUAAUCAGACUAUCUGCCUAUGCCAUGUGGGAUGCAAUGACAUGGGGGCGUAACUUUGCAUUUUGCAAUUAUCAUUUUCUGUUUAAUAUAAUUUAUAUAUCAUUAUAAAUUCCUCUGGCACUAUUGCCAUUUAUUAUAAUUUUUGUUUUAUUUUAUGAUUAAAAUGUACAUACUGUUAUUGUAUGAGUAAUAAAAUGUGGUACAUACAAAAAUGCUUUUUAAUUAAUUGUCAAACGAUGGGCAAAAUAUUAAUCCUUGUAACUUUAUUUUGGUUUGUUAUUGUCUGCACUCAACACAAAAUGGAAAAUGACCAUUGCCAAAUGCAAAGUUAUGCCCCUAUGUCAUCACUAUUUUGACAUGUGAAAUGUAAAUUUGUCCAAUCGCAACGUUGGUUCAAAACUCGGAAACAACUAUUACGGUGUCAGUAUCACAACCUGGGGUAACGCUAGCCUACGAGCAGUUCCUCCUUUCCACGGAUUUAGCUUGCUCGCGGUCUGGGAUAACACAUGAAUGCCAAUAUUGACUUCUAUUUGUUAAUUACAGGCCAUUUGGUGCAAUGAUAAAGCCAAUAUUUGAUUCCAUGUCUGUCCGACCAAAUGCAGAGAAUGCAAGGACAUUACCAGCAAGAAGUAAUACUGCAGCAACAGAUCCAUUGACAGUCUUUGAACCCAGGCCUACUACAUCGGGAAACAAUUCUGAUUCCUUUAUAGGGUGAGUUAUCAAACUGGUACGGGGCUGCCCACGGGCUAUCAAACUGGUAGACAUGUCAGAAACAACCCCUACCACCUUAACCUGUGUUCCAGUCCACUACACCAUUAUGUGUGGACUGGAACACAGGCUACCACCACAUAGAGUUCACUGGCUACCACCACCCUCCCUUCUCUUUCUCUCUCUAACUAAUUUCUGAAAUCCUGUAUAUUGUAAUUAAUGACUGCAGAUUUACUGAUUUACCUAACAUUAUUUGAACAUUAUUUGAAUAUUUAUAUAGUAUGUAUUUGCUUUGAACAUCUAAAUAUAUGUGAUUAUAAGAAAGUGAUGAUUUUAUUGGCAUGUACAUCACAGCAUGUCAUUUUUAAUUUGUUAUAUUAAUCGGUAUUUAUUAUCUCUUCUUAAUCUUCAGUGAAAGUUCGAAAGUCCAGUUACAGCAGUCAAAAGACAAUCCAAUUGUUUAUGACAAUUACAAAGUAAUGAAUAUACAGUAUUUCAACGAACAUAGAAGUUUUUUUAAUGUAUAUUAUUACUGCACAAUUAUUGGUAAUGAAAGAACAUGGUGAUGAUUCUGUUACAGUAAUAAUGUAGUUGUAAAAUUUUGCUUAUUUUUAUGCAGGUGUCAUCACUCGUGUCUAGCUUAGAGCAAAUGAUAGAAAAAGGAGAAUUGACAGAAAAUGAAGUACAUCAAGUGAAUGAAAUUGAAAGAAUAAUGUCAGAAAAAGGAGAUCAAGUUAGCAAAGGCCAUCUUCAGUUGCUAGGUUUGUGA